CCGUAGGUGUCUACGAACCCUUGCUCGUCCUCGACCUCGAUGAGAAGGCUUCGGAUCGUGAACAAUCGAGCUUUGCUGCUGGAUCCCUGAUUCCCCUGUCGCAGCGAGAUGGAUGCUACUCAACGUCCUGCUGUUGUCAUCGACAAUGGCACCGGGUAUACGAAGAUGGGAUUCGCAGGGAAUGUGGAGCCCUGUUUUAUUAUUCCUACAGUAGUGGCACUCAAUGAGUCCUUUUUGGGCCAGUCGGCUCCAAAGGCAGGCACAGCUGCAUAUCACAAUGCAGGAGUAAUGGCUGAUCUCGAUUUCUACAUUGGCGAAGAGGCACUUGCGAAGCAACACUCAAGUGCGUACACUCUUAGUUAUCCCAUUCGACAAGGCCAGAUUGAAAAUUGGGAUACGAUGGAGAGAUUUUGGCAGCAAUGCCUCUUCAACUAUCUGCGAUGCGAUCCAGAAGAUCAUUAUAUGUUACUCACUGAGAGCCCCUUGACAGCACCAGAGAAUCGUGAAUACAUGGGAGAAAUCAUGUUCGAGACUUUCAACGUGCCAGGAUUGUAUAUCGCAACUCAAGCAGUGUUAGCUCUAGCAGCUGGCUACACGACCUCCAAGCUGGAAAUGACGGGCUUGGUGGUGGAUGCCGGGGAUGGAAUGACUCAUGUUGUUCCAGUGGCGGAUGGUUACAUCAUUGGUAGCAGCAUCAAGUCAAUUCCUGUCGCAGGCCGGGAUCUCUCUAAUUUCGUUCAACAGCUAAUGCGAGAACGAGGCGAACCUGUGCCCCCCGAGGAUUCCUUGGAUAUUGCCAGGAGGGUGAAAGAAAUGUAUUGCUACACAUGUGCUGAUAUUGCGAAGGAGUUUGGUAAGCAUGAUAAGGAACCUGCCAAAUACGUUAAGCAGUGGAAAGGAAACAAUUCGAAAACUGGAGCGCCCUUUUCUUGUGAUAUUGGAUAUGAGAGAUUUUUGGCGCCCGAGGUAUUCUUCUCACCAGAGAUUUAUAGCAGUGAUUUCACAACACCUUUGCCAGAGGUGGUUGAUAACUGCAUACAAUCGGCUCCUAUUGAUGUUCGUCGAGCCCUAUACAAGAAUAUUGUCCUUUCCGGGGGGUCUACAAUGUUCAAGGAUUUUCAAAGAAGAUUGCAACGAGAUAUCAAGAAACGUGUAGAUGCGCGGACUUCAGCUUCAGAAAAGAAAUCUGGAGGUGACCACAAAUCUCAGGCAGUUGAAGUAAAUGUGGUGGGACAUCCCAUGCAACGAUUCGCUGUCUGGUUUGGAGGCUCGCUCUUGGCUUCCACGCCAGAUUUUUAUAAUGCUUGCCAUACCAAAGCUGAAUACGAAGAAUAUGGCUCCAGUAUAUGCCGUCUCAAUCCGGUCUUCAAGGGUAUGUUAUAAUUUUUAGGUCAACGUGAUCCUAUUUGCUUGUCCUGCACUAAAGCGGUCUUAACUUUUUGUCCAUAUUGUCCAAAAAACAUUAUCAAGCUGCCCUAGUGCUCUUGCAGUGUGACAGGUUGGAUCAAUUUCAGAGCUCCCUGACCAGGGAAUAAGUUCCGAGCAGUUGUUACUGCCUGGAACCCUGUAGUAAUAUAAUUUUUGACCUUGCACUGCUGCAAGAGAAGGUAAUCAUUGUGGGAGCUUUCACGUAGGUGCAGUAUUUGCAUUUACAUUGAGGCUUCAUUGCAUAGAGAUACAUAGAGGCGUAGAUUAGCCGACAUAGUUCGGACUGGUUGGGUUUAUCUCGUCACAAGAAAUAUAAUUUUUUCUAUGUUUACCUAGUGUGCAUGUAAGUAAGCAGCUUUAACGUGUGGUUACAACGAAUCUCUCAUGUGA